AUGCAGACCCAAAUGGGGGUCAGUGAGUUGCAGAGGAGUUACAGGGUGCAGGAUUUCGCCUCUCCUGGCGUUAUCAUGAGGGAACGGAGCUUCAUACGGCCACAGUCCCAUCAUAAUAUGCAUCAUAACCAGUUUCCUAACAAUGGGAAACGGAGGAGCAUGAUCCUAACAAAUGCAAAGGGAAAGCCGACUCUGGAAAUCUAUAGACCACCAGGCGUCCGCACAGACGGCGUGGCGGUGAGCAGUGGGGCCACGGCUGGGACUGCUUCCACGCCGACCUCUGCCUCGAACAAGCUGAACGUCCACGCUAAGGAAUUUACUAUGGCGAAACCGGGUGACCCACAUAAUAGCGCAAAUAGAGGUGUUAUCAUUGUUUUCUCGUGUGCAAGUGAAUGUUUGAUUUACGUUAAAAUGGUUCGUGGACGUUACUCUACUUCGGAUAUGUCGACAGUGGGCAUGGGGUUCACGAGCGUGGGCCUCCAGCACUCCAGGUCUGCUGUGCUACACGCGCAGGUGCCGCCCCACUACCGCCCCGUCAUGCCACCGCAUGCGUUACUUGGUAGCGCAUCCAGUGGAAACGUCCCUCAUGCUACGGUUGGACCUCGCGUCCACUUCAAGCUACCGCAGCAGGUAAUCCAAGAGAAGAAGAAAUCGCCACCCUCCUCACUCACCAACGGGAACGGCAAGAGCAUUCGCCCGCAGUCCUUCACCCCUGGUCUCAAGCGCUCCAAGUCUCUGACAUCUGCUGACACCCUGGCCAGCGGUAUGGCAGCGCUGGGACUCGCCGCUGACGCCGGAGACCUCGGCACCUUCCCGCCAGAGAUACAAGAGUGUAUCGACAAGGCACUGGAAGAUCCCAAUGCGGUGUGCGCCCGCACAUUAAUGGACGCUGUGGGACACCUGGUGAGCCGCGCCGUGGAGUCUCCACGGUACGCCUUGCCAGCCGCCCGUCGCUGCAUCGCGGUGGUAGAACGAGAGCAGACCGAGACCUUUCUCGAGUCCCUCCUCAACACCUGCCAGCAGUGGUACCACGAUAGGGAGAAGUUAUUGGGAACUGUGGUGGGCGGUGGGAGACCGAGGCUGAUGGCCUUCCUAUCUUUCCUGCUGGAGAUGUACUGUCAGCUCCGACGGCGCGCAAUACAGCGGCGUGGAGCCAGCGCCCAGCCGGGGCAGGUGCUGUUAACGCUCAUCUGCAAGUGCUGCGAGGACUGCAUUCGCCAGCCUGUGCCGUCGCCCAGUGAUACGGAGAACCUCUUCUUCGUAUUGACAUACAUCGGCCGUGACCUGGAAACGCAGCUCCCCGGUGACCUGGAGCGCCUGCUGACUGCCGUACGAGACGCCUUCAUCAAUACGGCGGCCGCACCCUCCAUACGACGCACACUUCUCCAGCUGAUCGAACUGCACGCUUCACGUUGGCAGCUUCCGGGCUGCGCUGUACUCUACUAUUACCCCUCCUCGAAUACCAGCUCGGAAGGUGAUGGCACCUCCUGUAGAGCACUCUAUACCGUCGACCCGCAUGGGAACAGCGUGGGGGGCUUAGACCCACCAAGGUCUUUCGAGAUGCGAAAGCAGACCCGUUCCCAACAGUGGGACAAGUUUUGUAUGGCGAUACAGAUCUGUGCUUGUGAGUCGUUCUGGGUGGUCUUAUUAAGUCUGCUGUGCUAUUCUUGA